GUUGCUAUGGCAACCACGCAAGCAUAAUCCUCCAAGCAUAACACAGGCUAAGCACGAGUAAACAGCUUUUCCUCCAUGAAUUGAGUUACUAAAAGCUCCGAGAGUUGAACAUUUGGUGGCAAAAACGCCUUCUCAGCAUCAGUACAUGACUGCAGCUGAAAAGAUGCCCCACGGUUCAGAUGAUGCUCGCAAAAGGUUUAUCCUGACCACAACUGGAAACUUCUAUGGGAUAAAGCCUUCAUCAUCCCUGACUGACAGCCCAGAGCUCAAUAACUUCUUGGACGAUGGAAAUGAAUUUGUCCUGUCCAUCAGCAGACAUGACAAUGACCUUCACUUGUCAAAUAAGAUUGAAGCAUCGGGGGAGAGUAGAGAGAAGGUGUUGGUGUUCUUCAAGCUGCAUCCCACCGUGAUCACAGAAGACAACCUUCACCAGAGCCUCCUUGUGUCGUCCAUGCUGGAGUCUCCCAUCAACACCCUCUACCAGGCUGUAAGACAAGUCUUUGCACCUGUACUGCUGAAGGAUGAGCGCUGGCGUUCAGCAUUUGACCCUAAGCUGGCAGGCCUGCUGAGUGAGCUGGAGCUUGGCCUGGGCUCAGUGGUCCGCCAGUCUGGAGCACAACCCUCUGCCAAGAGGGGACGCUCAGAGGAAGAUGUCCUCGGCAUCCUGACUCCCAGUGAUGAGUUCCAGUACUGGGACGAUCUCGCUGAGUCUGCGGAGAAGAACAGCGUGAGAGAAAGGGCUACAUAUUUCACUGAGCAAUUUAAACCCAUACAAAAGGAGUAUGGUGGUCUUGAUGGCUUGUCUAUGCCUGAUGUUGUUGAUCUGGUGGAACAGAGCAGAGACGCUCUGGAUGAUGUUUGGCGGCAGACUGAUUUUGAGCCUUAUCCAGAAACACGCAUGGUCCGACUCAUGGAUGUUAUCGGUGGAGCCCUGGGAAGAUAUGUGCAGAGGAAGCUGAGCGGUCUUAAAAUUUUUGAGGAGUCAUUUGUAUCUGUGAGGGAGAACAUGAGAAUGGGCGUUACCAUCUGUGAACAGUGGGUGGUAGCCUGUGAGCAUCUGACUGGACAGGUGUGGAAGAGACAUGCUCCACACACCUGGAAGGGAAACAAGCACUGCCCGCAAACCGUUCAUUGCCUUGCAAAAAGAUUGGAUGAGGUGGUGACUCUGCGUACGGUUCAUGAGAAACUACUGCGUCUGCUACCGGGAGGGAAGCAGCAGGCAAUGACCUCAGAUCGUGUGUUUGAACCUUUCUCUGGACUAAACCCUCUGCAUUACAACCCCUACACUGAGCCUCUCUGGAGAGCAGCGGUGGCUCAGUUUGAGCGCCUAAUGGCUCCGUCAGAGCAGGAGGUCGCUGGCAGACUAAAGAGUGGCAUUGCUGAUGUACAGGACAACCCACAACAGCUGUUGCAGGUGUUUCAAAAGCACAAGGAAUUGAUCAGACGUCCCACCAUCAGCAAAGAGCUGCAGUCAGAGAGAGAGACCCUGCUGGCCAGACUACUGGACUACAACAAGGGCCUGAAGACAGACUUUGAGAGCCGAUGCCAUGGAGGCCCUGGAGACAAGUCUGGGCCACUCAUUGGCAGGAACCUCCCUGAGGUGGUCAACAAGAUUGUCUGGGUCCGACAGCUCAUACACAAGGUUGAAGACUCUGUCCGUAUAGCUGAGGCACUGCUCUCAGACCUGUCUGGGUUCAAGGGGUUCCUGCAUUUCUGUGAUGACCUGCUGGAGGUUCUGAGGGCGUAUGAACAGGAACAGUUCGAGGACUGGUCAAGAGAUAUACUGUCCGGACUGGCUGACCCAAAGUCAGGGAUCAGUCUCCAGGCCAGUAACCGUGUGAUGGACCUGGACCAUGUGGACGGCAGGCUGAAGAUCCAGUAUUCAGACAGGCUGGUCAGUCUGCUCAGGGAGGUCAGACAGCUCUCUGCCCUGGGCUUUCCCAUCCCAGCCAAAAUACAGCAGGCUGCUAAUACUGCAGACAAAUUCUACAGACAAGCCAUUGUCCUAAAACAGGUGGCCCAUUUCUACAACACCAUUGACCAGCAGAUGAUUCCCUCUCAGAGACCUAUGAUGCUUAGUCUUGCCCUGGCCUUUGAACAGGUCAUCAAGAACCCUCGUUCUCAGUCAAAGGAAUCGGGCGGUAAACUGCAGAUCACCUGGGACAACCCCAAAGAGUUGGAAGUUUACAUUGCCAAGCUGCAGUCUGCUGCUGAGAAACUUUCCACUGAGAACAGGAAGUUACGCAAAUGGCACACUGACUUCAUUGACAAGGUGGUGACACUGAUGAAUGUGGACCUACUUAGACAUCAGCAGCGGUGGAAGGAUGGCCUUCAGGACCUCCGUACCGGCUUUGCCACUCUGGAGGCUCAGGGCAUCAGGUCGGAUGACAUGCGGGCAUGGCGUCAGCACUGGAACCAUCAGCUGUACAAGGCUCUUGAACACCAGUACCAGACCGGACUGGAAGCCCUGAACAAGAACCUGCCUGAAAUACACAUAGACCUCACUUUCAAACAGGGCCGCUUACAGUUACGUCCUCCAUUUGAGGAAGUGAGAGCACGCUAUUUCAGGGAGAUGAAGCGGUUCAUCUCAAUCCCAAACCAGUUCAAAGGGGUUAGUGUCCAGGGGGAGGAGCUUAUCUUCAGCGUCAUGAUUGACAGAAAUGCUUCCGGGUUCCUCACCAUCUUCAGCAAGGCCGAGGACCUCUUUAGCCGUCUGCAGGCUAUACAACACAAGUUCGAGGAGUGGGUGGUGCUGGGCCAGGUUGAUUUAGAGAAGUUAGUGGAGAAGCAUCUGAACUCCGUGCAAGACUGGGAGAGAAACUUCAAGGCCCUGAAAGCCAGAGGGAAGGAGUCAGAACGUCUGCCCAGUCAGGAGAAGGUAGACUGUAUUACAGUCAACUGUGAGCCCGUGAAAUCUGUCAUCGAUGACCUGAUCCAGAGGCUGUUUGACAUGCUGCUCUUAUCUCUCAGGAAGUCAAUACAAGGACAUACCCAGGCCAUAGAAAGUUUUGUUUCAGAGUCAAUGGAGACCUUGUCCAAUCGACCAGAGAGCAUGGAGGAGAUUGGUGCGGCCAGUGGCAAAUACAGCCAGAUAUUAGCCCGCAAACCAGAAAUCUUACCUCAGUUCCAGAGUGCUGAGGAGAAGAACCGCUUGCUGCGAGCAGUGGCUGGGGGCGGCCUGGACUCGCUGUCCUCACUGAGGGCCAAGUGGGACAAACUGGAGCUUGUCAUGGAGAGCCACCAGCUCAUGAUCAAAGAUCAGGUGGAGGUGAUGCGAAGUAACGCCGCUGGUCGUAUCGACGCCUACAGGGCGGACCUGGAGCGGUUUAAGGCCCGCUGGGACCAGCUGAAGCCUAAAGAUGAGAUGCUUGAGAGUGGUGAUCAUGCUGCCCUUCUUGCGUGCCUCCAGACAAUCAGGGACAAGCAGCAAGAGUUCCAGGAGCUAGAGCUUGUGCGCAGUAAACUGCUUGAAGACUGUACCUAUUUUGACCUGGGGGCUCCAGAUUUCUCUCUGGCGGAAGAGACAAAACGAGACAUGGAGGAGUACAGCCAGAUGUGGGGUCUGUAUGAGGAGUGGCAGCAAGGCUUCACAGAAAAGGCCCAGGAGGACUGGAUCACAUUCAGGAGUAAGACGUAUGUGUUUGAGGAAUUUCUGUUUACGUGGCAGGACAGACUUAGGAAGCUGGAGCAGCCUACUGCCAUGUCUGUUAAACUGCAAGGAGAAGUGGACAAAUACAAGAACCUGGUCCCAGUGCUGAAGUAUGUGCGUGGUGAGCACCUGUCCCAAGACCACUGGUUGGACAUGUUCCGUUUGCUCGGCCUUCCUAGAGGGACGACUUUAGAGAGACUCACCUUCAAUGAUCUCCUCGGUGUGGCAAAUACCAUCAUAGAAAAGGCCUUGGAGCUCAAGGACCUGAACAGUCGUGCUCAGGCAGAGGUGACAAUCAGAGAAGCGCUGAGGGAGCUGGAUUUGUGGGGAGCUGCAGCUACCUUCAACUUCACGGAGUACACAGACAGCAGCAGGCGCACUCUCACCCUCAUCAAGGACUGGAAGGAUAUAGUCAACCAGGUGGGAGAUAACCGCUGUCUGCUGCAGUCUCUGAAAGACUCUCCCUACUACCGCAGCUUCCAAGACAAGGUCAGUCUGUGGGAGGUUCGUCUAUCAGACUUAGACGAGUACCUGCUGAGUCUGAAUGCCAUCCAGAGGCGUUGGGUUUAUCUGGAGCCCAUUUUUGGACGAGGGGCAUUGCCCCGGGAGGAGGCCCGCUUCAAACGAGUUGAUGAAGACUUCAGGUCUAUAAUGUCAGACAUUCAGAGAGACAACAGAGUUGUUUCUCUGAGCUCAAGGGCCGGAAUCAGAAACUCCCUGGUCACCAUACUGGAUCAGCUGCAGCGCUGCCAAAAGUCACUCAACGAGUUCCUGGAGGAGAAACGUUCCGCCUUCCCACGGUUCUAUUUCAUAGGAGAUGAUGAUCUGUUAGAGAUUCUCGGUCAGGCAACCAACCCAACUGUAAUCCAGUCACACCUCAAGAAACUCUUUGCAGGCAUCCACAGUGUUGUGUUUGAUGAGCAGUGCCAGCACAUUGUCGCCAUGUGUUCUUUGGAAGGAGAAACAGUGCCUCUUCGAAACCUCAUACGCAUCUCCAGCCUCGUGGAGGUGUGGCUGAGUGAGCUGUCUAUGGAAAUGAAGGAGACUCUGAAGCAACUGCUGUAUGAAUGUCUGUUAGCAGGGAAGAAAGGGGAGUUGGACCCCUCACGGUACCCAUCACAGAUUCUGUGUCUGGCCGAGCAAAUCCAGUUUACUGAAGACGUGGAAAGAGCUCUAAAAGAGCAAAAUUUGCAGCAGCUGGAGCUGGAGCUCAAUGUCAAAUUAGAACACUACACUACGGUGGACACCAGCUCUGACGAUCAAGCUAACUCAGAGUCCAGUGUCCUGCAGCUGAAGCUGAAGGCAUUGAUCCUGGAUAUUAUUCACAACAUCAGUGUGGUGAAGCAACUUAACCAGGCAGGAGUUACCAGCGCUGAUGCCUGGGCAUGGAAGAAGCAGCUUCGCUUCUACAUGGGAACAGACAAAGGCUGCCUCAUACAUAUGGUGGACGCACAAUUCAGCUAUACAUAUGAAUACCAGGGGAAUGCGGCUAAGCUGGUGCACACUCCGCUGACUGAUAAGUGCUACCUGACUCUGACCCAGGCCAUGAAGAUGGGACUUGGGGGGAACCCCUAUGGGCCCGCUGGCACAGGCAAGACUGAGUCGGUCAAAGCCCUGGGGGGGCUGUUCGGACGCCAAGUGCUGGUGUUCAACUGUGAUGAGGGUAUCGAUGUGAAGUCGAUGGGACGAAUCUUUGUGGGCUUGGUGAAGUGUGGAGCGUGGGGCUGCUUUGAUGAGUUUAACCGCCUAGAGGAAGCAGUGUUGUCUGCAGUUUCCAUGCAGAUUCAGGCCAUUCAAGACUCCCUCAAACAUCACAAGAGCGCAUGUGAACUGCUGGGGAAGGAGGUGGAAUUGGACCCAAACUCUGGGGUGUUCAUCACAUUAAACCCGGCGGGAAAAGGCUACGGAGGCAGACAGAAGCUUCCAGACAACUUAAAGCAGCUCUUCAGGCCUGUGGCAAUGAGCAGGCCAGACAAUGAGCUCAUUGCUGAGGUCAUCCUCUAUUCUGAAGGCUUCAAAAAAGGAGAAAUGUUGGGACGCAAACUGGUUGCAAUCUUCAACCUGGCCAGGGAGCUGUUGACUCCCCAGCAGCACUACGACUGGGGUUUGCGUGCUCUGAAGACAGUGCUGAAGGCCUGUGGCAGUCUCCUGCAGCAACAGAGGAGGAGUCAUGACAAGGACAAGAUUCAGGAGAGUAGUCUGGUGGUGCAGGCAUUGAGACUGAACACCAUGUCCAAGCUGACGUUUGCCGAUAGCUCCCGGUUUGAUGCUCUGGUCAGAGACGUCUUCUCUGGGGUUAGCUUCACCGAUGUGGAGGACCAGAUACUAAUGCAAGCACUGGAACAAGUCUACAAGGAGGCACGACUUGAACUUAUACCCAGCCAGCUGAAGAAGGCAUUGGAGCUGAAUGAACAGCUGAGACAACGUAUGGGUGUAGUUGUUGUAGGGCCAAGUGGAGCGGGGAAGUCUACACUCUGGAAGAUGCUUAGGGCUGCUCUCAGCAAGACAGGCAAAGUGGUGAAGCAGUACACAAUGAAUCCUAAGGCCAUGCCCAGACAACAGCUGCUGGGACAUAUAGACAUGGACACCAGAGAAUGGGCUGAUGGCGUCCUCACACAUAGUGCCAGGAGUGUGGUCAGAGAACCACAGGGGGUGAGUUCAUGGAUUGUGUGCGACGGUGACAUCGACCCAGAGUGGAUUGAGAGUUUGAACUCUGUGCUCGAUGAUAACCGGCUGUUAACCAUGCCUAGUGGAGAACGCAUCCAGUUCGGACCCAAUGUUAACUUCCUGUUUGAGACUCACGACCUUAGCUGUGCCUCACCAGCCACCAUAUCCCGCAUGGGAAUGAUCUUUCUCAGCGAUGAGGACAUUGAUGUGGGUGCCUUGGUGAAGUCGUGGUUGAGGAGUCAGCCAGAGGAGUGUCGCACUAACCUCGAAAACUGGCUGGGAGACUACUUCCAAAGAGCCCUGGACUGGGUCAUCAAACAGAAUGACUUUGUGGUAGAGACCAGUACGGUGGGUACAGUGUUCAACGGUCUGUCACACCUCAGUGCUGUGACAGAGAGAGGUCAGUUCAUCGUUGGACUUCUUAGGGGUUUGGGAGGAAACCUCAACCUCAAAACAAGACAGGAUUUUGCCAAAGAGUUGCUGAGCUGGGCCAGAGAAAACCCACCAGACAUCAAAAAACCACUGGAUACCUACUAUGACUCUGACACCGGCCAUCUAGCAGCCUAUACAUUUCAUCGGCCCGAGGGUCUCUCACUGGAACAGCUCUCUCAUACACACACACUACCUGUUAUUGAGACUCCAGACAUGCAGAGAGGCCUGCGCUGCUUCUCCCCAUGGCUCACCGCUCAGCACAGGCAGCCCUUCAUGGUGGUAGGACCAGAGGGCUGUGGAAAGGGCAUGCUCCUGCGCUACGCCUUCUCUCGGCUGCGGUCCACCCAAGUCGCCGUGGUUCACUGCAGUGCCCAGACCUCGUCUCGCCACGUCCUACAGAAGCUCGGUCAGACCUGCUUGUUGCUCAGCUCAAACACCGGUCGGGUCUUCAGACCCAAAGACUGUGAGAACCUGGUGCUCUACCUCAAAGACAUCAACCUACCCAAACCUGACAAAUGGGGGACCAGCAAUCUCACUGCCUUCCUGCAGCAGGUUUUGACAUAUAAGGGAUUUUAUGAUGAAAAUCUGGAGUGGGUGAGUCUUGAGAACAUCCAGGUAGUGGCCUCCAUGUCAACAGGGGGUGCUGUAGGGAGCCAUUCACUCACUUCCCGCUUCUCAUCUAUAGUUCGCGUCUGCACUAUAGACUAUCCAGACAGGGAGCAGCUGCAGACUAUCUACUCAGCAUACCUGCAGCCAGUUCUCCAGCAUAGCCUGGGCAGCCAGGCAUCCUGGGCCAGCACAGGGAAAACACACCAGCUGGCUGGGUCUCUUGUGCAGCUCUAUGAACAGGUGAAAGCCAAGUUUACGGUGGAUGACCACAGCCACUACCUAUUUACCCCCUGUAUCCUCACAGAGUGGGUCCUCAGCCUGCUGCGAUACGACCUCACUGCAGCUCAAUCUAAUGUGACAGACAGCGUGUUGGAGGUGGUAGCAUAUGAGGCCAGGAGGCUGUUCAGAGACCGACUAGUUUCCUCCAAAGACCUUCACACCUUUGAUAACAUCCUCUCCUCCAUCGUACGAGGGGACUGGAGCUCUGAGGCUCUAGACAACAUGACUGAUGGUUUCUACGUGACAUGGGGAGCCUCUGAAGGGGCUCUAAUGGCUCCAGGCCAGUCUCUACCUCCUCAUGGUAAACAACUGGGACGUCUGGAUUCUGCUGACCUAAAACAAGUUAUACAGAAGGGAGUAGUGCUGUACAGCCGUGAUAACAGGGAGCUGGAUCUCCUCCUGUUCUGGGAAGUGUGUGACUUUGUGUCCAGGGUAGAUCGCGUCCUGAGCCGACCCGGUGGCUCUCUGCUUCUGGCGGGUCGGAGUGGAGUGGGUCGGCACACAGCCACGUGCCUGGUGUCACACAUGCACGGAUACAUGCUGUUCACGCCCAAAAUCACCCGUGGAUAUACUCUUAAGCAUUUCAGCAAUGAUCUUAAGACGGUGAUGCAGCAGGCAGGUCUGGAGGGCCAACAGGUGGUUCUACUGUUGGAAGACUAUCAGUUUGUUCACCCUGCUUUCUUAGAGAUGGUCAACAGCCUGCUGUCAUCAGGUGAAGUUCCAGGUCUGUACACCCCAGAAGAACUGGAGCCUCUCCUCUCCCCCCUCAAAGAUGCUGCAUCCCAGGAUGGAUUCACCGGACCACUCUACAACUACUUUUCUCACAGAAUCCAGCAGAACCUCCACAUUGUUCUGAUCAUGGACUGCUCCAACACUAACUUCACUAUCAACUGUGAGAGCAACCCAGCUUUCUACCGCAAGUGUUCUGUCCAGUGGAUGGAAGGAUGGUCUGAAAGCAGCAUGAAGAAGAUUCCUGAGCUGCUGCUGGCAAAGACUGAAGGAGGAGGGGAGGAGAAGGAAAGGGAGAAGGCUACAAAGGGGAAAAGCUCAGCAGGGUCUGCUCAGGGAGACUUGUGCCGUUUGUUCCUGAUGGUCCAUGAAUCAUGCAGAGAACAUGGUGCAACACCCAGCCAGUACAUGGCCUUUCUGCAUGUUUACACUGCAUUAUUUAGCCGGAAGCAGAGCCAGCUCACAACGAGACAACAGCAUCUGCAGGCAGGUGUGUCUAAGCUGAACGAAGCUAAAGCAUUGGUGGAUGAGUUGAAGAGACGGGCUGCAGAGCAGAGUGCACUGCUGAAGACUAAACAACAGGAGGCAGAUUCUGCCCUGCAGGAAAUUACCACCUCCAUGCAGAAUGCCAGUGACCAGAAGACAGAGAUGGAAAAGAUAAAAGGGAAAAUGGCACAAGAAGUGUCCAAGAUUGAAGAGAGAAAAGCCAAAAUAGAUCAUGAGCUGAAGGAAGUGCAGCCUUUGGUAGAUGAAGCAAAGCGUGCAGUUGGAAACAUCAAGCCUGAAGCUCUGUCUGAGAUCCGCUCCCUUCGCAUGCCCCCUGAUGUCAUCAGAGACAUCCUAGAGGGGGUACUGAGACUGAUGGGCAUCUUCGACACCUCCUGGGUCAGCAUGAAGAGCUUUCUGGCUAAGCGUGGCGUGAGGGAGGACAUAGUUACAUUUGAGGCGAGGAACAUCACCCCUGAGAUUCGCCAGAGUGUGGAAGAGCUGCUCAACAGGAACAAGGCCUCCUUCGAUCCCAAGAAUGCAAAGCGUGCAAGUACAGCAGCUGCUCCCCUGGCUGCCUGGGUCAAAGCCAACGUCCAAUACUCCCACGUCCAAGAGAGGAUAGAGCCGCUGGAGAGAGAGCAGGCCGGACUACUGGAAAACCUGAGGAAAACUGAGAGUAGGAAGAAUAAGCUUGAGGACCAGCUCAACUCUGUCGGAGCCAAAGUCAACGAGUUGAAAGAGAAGUUUCAGUGUCACACCACAGAGGCAGCCAAGUUGGAAGCUGAGGUGACAAAAGCUCAGGACACGAUCACCGCCGCCCAGCAGCUCAUAUCACAACUGGACGGAGAACACACGCGGUGGAACGCACAGAUGUCUGAGAUAAAGAAUGAGUUGGAUACACUCCCCAUGAGGGCCAUGCUUGCUGCGGCCUUCAUCACCUAUCUGUCUGCAGCUCCUGAAGACCGUAGGAAACACUGUCAAGAGACAUGGAUGGCUCAAUCUGGACUACAGAAGUUUGACUUGCGGUCAUUCCUGUGCUCGGAGAGUGAGCAGUUGAUCUGGAAGAGUCAAGGGCUGCCGUCCGAUGACCUAUCCAUGGAGAAUGCACUUGUCAUACUGCAGAUCAAUGCACUCAAGUUACGGAGUGUUGCCUGUCCGUUCCUGAUCGACCCGUCAUCCCGAGCUACAGAGUGGCUACGCACACAUCUCCAACAGCACAGACUAGAGGUUAUCAACCAACAGGAUAGUAACUUCAUGACAUCCCUGGAGCUGGCGGUCAGAUUUGGAAAAACCCUUAUCAUCCAAGAGAUGGAUGGAGUUGAACCUGUGCUCUACCCGCUGCUGAGGAGGGACCUCAUAGCACAGGGUCCAAGAUAUGUGGUUCAGAUAGGAGACAAGGUCAUUGAUUACAAUGAGGACUUCCGCCUCUUUCUGGCAACACGGAAUCCCGCCCCCUUCAUCCCCCCUGAUGCUGUUUCCGUGGUUACAGAGGUCAACUUCACUACCACCAGGGCAGGCUUGCGAGGACAGCUGCUAGCCUUGACCAUCCAGCAGGAGAAGCCAGAAUUGGAGACUGAAAAAACAAGACUGCUACAACAAGAGGAAGACAAGAAGAUACAGCUGGCUCAGUUGGAAGAAUCACUGUUAGAGACCCUGGCUACAGCUAAGGGUAAUAUUCUGGAGAACAGGGAGCUGAUAGACAGUUUGAACCAGACCAAAGCAAGCAGUGCCCUGAUCCAGGAGUCACUGUUGGAAUCGCACCGGCUGCAGGCGUCCCUGGACCAGGAGCGGGAUGCCUACCUGCCUCUGGCAGAGAGUGCCAGCAAGAUGUAUUUUGUCAUCACAGACCUGUCGAAGAUCAACAACAUGUACCGCUUCAGCCUUGCUUCUUUUCUGCGCCUCUUCCAAAGGGCUCUUCAGGCCAAGAAGGAAGCAGAGAAUACUGAAGCCAGGAUUGCUGCUUUGGAGGCCAGCUUGAAGAAUAUGGUGUAUGAGUACGUCUGCCGGUUGCUUUUCAAGGCUGACCAGUUGAUGUUUGCUAUGCACUUUGUGAAAGGCAUGUACCCUGAACUCUUCCAGGAGAGUGAAUGGGAUGUCUUCACUGGAUCCAUUGUAGGAGAAAUGUUUAAGAAAGAGGAGUUCCCUUCUUGGAUUGAUCAGGAGAGGCAAGGAGCAGUGGCCAUUUUUAAAACUACAUUCCCAGCCCUCUACCAGUCGCUGUGUUUGAGUGACUCAGACCUUUGGCUGUCCUUCUCGCAGAGCUCGCAGUGUGAACAGGAAAUACCGUCUUCCAUUGCCAAGAAGAUUACUCCCUUCCAGCAGCUGUUACUGGUUCAGGCAGUCAGACCAGACCGACUGCAGAGUGCCAUGGCAGCAUUUGCCACCCAGGCCUUGGGUAUGAAAGAGCUCUCCCCCCCUCCUCUGAACCUGCGCCGUCUCUACACUGAGACGUUGGAGUGGGAGCCGGUGUUGAUCAUCAUCUCUCCGGGGGCAGACCCGUCCCAGGAGCUUGCCGAACUAGCAGCAGAAACCGUGGGCAGGGACAACUAUCAUGAGAUCUCCAUGGGUCAGGGACAGGCUGAUGUGGCCUUAGCUGCACUCAGAGAAUGUUCCCGAAAUGGAGACUGGCUUUGCCUGAAAAACCUUCACCUUGUCACUACAUGGCUACCGCUCCUGGAAAAAGAGUUAAAUGUGCUACAUCCCAAACCAGGCUUCCGUCUCUGGCUGACAGCUGAAGUUCACCCCAGAUUUCCUUCCAUCCUACUACAGUCCAGCCUCAAGAUCACUUACGAGGCUCCUCCCGGGUUGAAAAAAAAUCUGCUAAGAACAUAUGAGUCGUGGACUCCAGAGCAGAUCAGUAAAGGAGGCAUCCUGGCCAGAGCCCAGUCUCUGUUCUGUCUGGCUUGGUUCCAUGCUGUCUGCCAAGAGAGGCGCAACUACAUACCCCAGGGUUGGACUAAGUUCUAUGAGUUUUCCAUGGCGGACCUCCGAGCUGGCUUUGAGAUCAUCGACAGGCUUUUUGAAGGAGGGAAACCUUUCCAGUGGGAGUUUGUCCAUGGCCUGUUGGAGAGCGCCAUAUAUGGUGGACGGAUCGACAACCCCUCUGACCUCCGCAUCUUACGCUCCUACCUGGAGCAGUUCUUCUCAGCACGUCUCCUCUCGUCCUCCCUCUCAGCCAGUCAGAGAAAGAGCAGAGGAGGAACGCGCCACUUUCCACCUCAGAUCAGCCUCCCAAACUCCUGCUCAGUAUUGGACUACCGCAGCGUAAUAGAGAAUCUCCCAGAGGAUGACAGACCUGCAUUCUUUGGUCUGCCUGCCAACAUAGAGAGAUCCUCCCAGAGAAUCAUCAGCUCCCAGGUGAUUUCCCAACUGCGUGUCCUGAGCCGCUCAGUAGCAACCGGUUCAAAGUUCGACAGGGAGCUCUGGUCGAAUGGACUUUCACCCGUCCUUUACUUGUGGAAGAAACUCAACCAGGGUUCUACUCUGAUCCACCAGAAGGUGGCCCCACCUACAGAAGGUCAGGGCUCACCGGUCCUGUCAUUCAUCACUCUGGAGCAGUUCAACGCCAUCCGCUUGGUCCAGAGCAUUCACCAUUCCCUGGCUGCACUGAGCAAAGUCAUCAGAGGGACGCAACUGCUAACUCCUGAAGUCCAGAAACUGGCCACGGCCCUGCUCAAUCAAGAGGCUGAGAUGAGGACAAAGGGGAUAUGAUGAGGUAGAGGGGGAGAGAUACACAAUCAACCUUUUACUUCUUCUAUGUUUGUAAUCUCCUGAGAGGAGCCUUGGGCAUAAUUCCCUCUCCACUGCUUCCCUCCUCUCUCUUUUUAUAUUAAUCAGCAGGUCUUUAAUCUCAUCCCCGUCUCGCUCCCAACCAACUUUCUACAGUCUUCGUCUCUCAUGUUUUUCUCUCUCUUUCUCGGUCUCUCUCAACUCUAACAUAUCUCUUCACUGCAAUUAGCACUAAUACCAAGGCUAUGAAAUGUGUUAGCUACCAGGUAGGGGCUUUGUGAUAUAGUUGAAAUAAGUAUCGCAAUAUUGAAAGAAUAUUACCCCCUUUGCAAUAACAAUAUAUGGAAAAUGUAUGCAAAAUCACAAAUAAGAUAAUUUGCAACGCGAUAUUCAAUGCAUUGAACUGUAUUUCAUUGUAAUGCAGUAUAUUUCUUUUGAGUAUCCAUCUGGUGUUAGUUUCCACAAAUGAGGACACCUCGUAGUGCAUUAUGGCUGACCUACUCCUCAGCUACUCAGUAUAUAAAACAGAUGAGCUCUCAUUUCCUCUUUUACAGGUUUAUAAAUGUCCCCCUUUAAUUGUACUGUUAAAACGCCUCCUUCGACCCAGUAGUAGUGAGCACAGCUUUUUUCCUUGAUGGACCCAUUUUAAGACACUCUCUCUGUUUGUGUUGUGCAUAAUGAAAAUGCAGCAUUUCAAUGAGUUGUUUUAUAAAUUCAGAUGGUUAGUUAUGAUCCACAGUAUUGGCACAGGCCUGUUUCUAAGCUAUCCUCUCCCAGAGAGGAAGGAUUUAUUUAGAUCAUGGUGUAUUGAACAGAAAUUUCCUUGGUGGAAAAAUGUUUUGCAACCUUGGAAAAAGCAACAGCAGCUGUCACCUUUGUUGAUGCCGCCGUAUGUUCUGGCAAUCCACAACAUCCUUGACACAUAUUAGAUUUACUACCAGCAGAAUUUAAAAUGUGAUUACUUAUCUAACACCUGAGGACGUUGCUGGCCGCAAUUGACAAUUCACAUCAUUGUCGUAAAGAUAACAAGCCGCUUGCUCCUCCCUUAGAAGAAAGAGGACAUAUAGCAACAAAGUGAAAUAUAAAUUAGAUAUUCUUUCUUUUACAUUAAGUUAUCUUGAUUCUGUGGUUGUGGACUGUUUUUAUUUUAUCAUCAUACUUUCAAGCAAACUGGGAGUGAUAAGUAAAACGUGAUCAAGGGGAUCGUCUUAUUCAAAACGUGUACAAAUUCAACAAGUGAACUUGGAGACUGAAUUUGCAAGAAUUAAAUGCUCUGGCAAACAACUGCAACGCAAGGUGCCUUUCUGAGAUUAUGUGUAAUUAUGAGCAGUUGGUUGAGUAUGAAUCAAAUAAACACAAAGACUGUGUCGGAGGAACUAUUCAUUGAUUUCUUUGUUUCAAACAAACUAAAGAGAGCUCACUAUUGAUCCAGCUAUUUAUUUGCCUUGUAUGUAAACAAAUGUGAUCUGAAAAUGUACUAGGCCUUUAGAUUUCUGGUUUUCAGUAAAUGCAGCUGA